AUGGCUCCCUCUCCACUGCCGGUCCCCGGCUCGACGACGUCCUUCUGGAGGACUGAUCCGCUGCCGCUCGACAACCAUCGCAGCACACCCGACCUGCCAGCCGAGGUCGAUCUCGUCGUCAUUGGCGCCGGUUAUGCGGGCGCCUCCACCGUCCACCACAUCCUCAAGACGUGCCGGGACCGCGGUCUGGCGCCACCGUCCAUCGCCGUGCUCGAGGCCCGCGAAGCCUGCUCAGGCGCCACCGGCCGCAACGGCGGUCAGCUCAAGCCCGACCCCUACUAUCGGCCCAUUGCCAUCGUGCCGACCCAUGGCCUGGCCAUCGCCGCCGAGUGUGCCAACUUUGAGGCUGCCCACGUGCCGGCCAUCAAGCAGCUGGUCGAGGACGAGCAGAUCGACUGCGACUUUGUCCUGACCCGCUGCUGUGACGUCUUUCUGGAUGCCGACCACUGGACCCGCACGCGGACGGCCCUCGAGCAGCUGCGUGCCCACAGCAGCCCUGAUGGCCUGCCGUCGCUGCGGGACCUCUUCGUCGUCGCCGAUGCGGCCGAUGCCGAGCGCCUCUCCGGCGUCAAGGGCUCCCAAGGCCUCGUCACCUACUCGGCCGGCCACGUAUGGCCCUACAAGAUGGUCCACGCGCUGCUCAGCAAGGCCGUCGCCCAGGGCGUCAACCUGCAGACACAUACGCCCGUCAUCGCUGUCGCCACGCCCGACGGCCCUGACGGCCCCGUCUUGCUCACUACGCCGCGUGGCUCUAUUCGUGCUCGCCGCGUCGUCUACGCCACCAACGGCUACACCUCGUCUGUCCUGCCCGAGUUCGCCGGCCGCAUCGUCCCCUCGCGCGGCAUCUGCAGCCACAUCGCCGUGCCCGGCACCCCGUCCGCUCAAAAGUCCCCCCCGCCUCUAUCUUCUACCGUGUCGGCUACCUCGGGCCCCUUCACGCGCCCGGCUCAGCUCGCUCACUCGUACAUGGUGCGCGCCAACUCUGUCGCCUACGAGUACCUCAUCCCGCGUCUGGACGGCGGCAUCGUCGUCGGUGGUGCCCGCUCGGUCUUCAUGAACGACCUCGCCAGCUGGUACGACAACGUCCGGGACGACGAGAUCAUCGACAAGGCCGCCCACUACUUUGACGGCUACAUGCAGCGCCACUUCUUCAUGGGAUACUCCACCGAUAAUAUGCCACACAUCGGCGCCAUUCCUGGCCGCCCAAACCAGUUCAUCAUCGCCGGCUUCACCGGCCACGGCAUGCCCCAGGUCUUCCUGUCGGCAAAAGCCGUCGCCGCCAUGGUCCUGGACGACGUUCCCUUUGAGGCUACCGGUGUGCCGCGUCUGUUCAAGGCCAGCCAGGAGCGGCUAGACAGCACCCGCAACCAGGUCUUGGAAAUAACUGCUGGCUGUCUCACAGCUCCCUCAACGACUCGCGUACACUUUGCUCUCCUACCACUUGCCAUGCAUGCCACCUUGAGUCGCCCGGCCAAGGGUUUCUGGGGCCGGAGCUUCGACGAACUACGACGCCUUACGGGAAUUGUCGUGCGCUUUGAGGGCAUCAAAGGUCCGUCUGGCCCCUACCAGCUGCAGUCUUUCCGAGAUGCCGCCUCGCUCGACGACUGCAAGAUCAUGACGGACGACGAGAUCGGCGGCUUUUCGACAGCCCAGAUCGACUGGGUGCCUUCCACCUCCUCGUCCGCGGGCUACGUCCGCUUCCACGGCUCCAUCUCCACGCGCCUGCCCGACGAUCGACCGGAUGUGAAGCGUACCGGCUACGCCGCCUGGCGCACGGCUGACCGACUGCCCACCGUCUUUGGCCGCUCCGUCUGGAACGUUGACUCGUACGCCUACCUCGCCAUGCGCGUCCGCUCCGAUGGCCGCAGCUACCUGAUCAACGUGCAGACCGAUUCCAUAGUCGCCCCGACCGACCUGCACCAGCACCGCCUGUUUGCUCGCCGCCCGGGCCAGUGGGAGACUGUCGUCGUGCCCUGGGGCGACUUUGUCCGCACGAACCACGGCUUCGUCGUCGAGCCGCAGACCGAGCUGCUGCGCCAGCGACUGCGCUCCGUCGGCCUCGGCCUCACCGACCGCGUCCCUGGCCCCUUUGAGCUCUGCAUCGCCGGCCUGUGGGCUACCAACAACCCGGAGGAGGCCGAGCACGUCGAGGCCGUCCAGUUCCGCGAGGCUGAGGAGGCCCAGGAGAUCCAGGAGACCCAGGAGAUCCAAGAGGCCGCAGCCGGCCGUCUCAGAAACAAACACGGCCGUCCGGUGCGAUGGGACUCAGCACCCCUGCCCCAGCCACAGCAGAGCGCACAGUAG